AUGUGCCGUCGAAAAAAAACCGUCGUUUAUUGGAUUGGUUUAACUUUAUUUUUGGGUACUAUUGGUUUAUGUUUAAGCACCUACAACGAUCCCUAUGCAAUCCUAGGUGUACAUAAACGAUCAUCCAUGCAGGACAUACGCCGUGCAUAUAAACAAUUGGCCAAGGAAUGGCAUCCCGAUAAAUCAAACCAUCCUGAAGCAGAAACCAAAUUUGUGGAAAUCAAACAGGCCUACGAACUAUUAUCCGAUACGGACCGUCGCGUUGCGUACGACCAGUACGGAAUAACAAAUGAGGACGUAGUGCUGGAACGGAAUCGCCCAGAUUAUAGCAGCUAUGGUCGCUUUAAAGAUCCUUUCGAGCAUUUUUACGGUGCACAUAACUUCAACUUUCACGAUCAGGAUAUAGGCUUGUACCAUCGCCUUUCCAUUACCACAAAAUAUUAUGAAACGAAUAUUUUGCCGAAAAGUCGUUCGACACCGCAAAUAUUGAUAUUUUACGCAGAUUGGUGCUUUGCAUGCAUGAAAGCGGCAAAUUCAUUUAAAAAGUUAAUUGACACACUCGAGCCGUACGGAGUGGUAUUUGCCUCUGUUAAUGCCGGUCACGAAGAACAACUGGUACGGAAAGUCGGGGUGCAUUCACUGCCUUGUGUGAUUAUGGUGUUAGAUGAACAUAAUUACGUCUAUAAAGACAGUGUUUUUAAUGCACAGCAUGUAGUUGAUUUUAUACGACAAAAGCUACCAUAUAAACUGUUAACGCCAAUAACAGACAAUACACUUAAUGCUUUUUUGGAUGGAUGGGCCGAUAAUCGUGUCCGUGCCCUCAUUCUUGAACCGAGAGCUCAACCACGAUUGCGAUAUCUCAUAAUUACAUAUUACUUUCGUGAGCGUGUUGCAUUCGGCUUCGUUCAACUAAACUCCAAGGAAACUACGAACGUUCAAGCAAAGUUUAAAGCCCAUUCCAAACUUGAUACUCUGCUUAUAUUCAAUGAAUAUCCAUCUCAACCUAUCGCUACAGUUACCAUGUCGGAUAUUCCAACAACCACGUUGAACAAUAUUAUAUCGCACAACAAGUAUCUUAUACUUCCACGGCUAUCAUCGCAAGAUAUGCUGGAUAGCGUUUGUCCUGCAGAAUGGAACCGUCCACGGAAGCGAUUGUGCGUUGUGCUAGUAACGGAAAAUACCAGCUUGCAUGAUGGAGCCCGGACAGUUAUGCGUAAAAUAGCACUUGAAUCCCUUUUCAGUCGGGAACGAGUUCGGUUCGCUUAUAUAUACCAAGAAAAACAAAACGAUUUUAUCUGUGCGCUUUCCAAGCACAAUCGAUCUAAAGAAACACUAUUACAAAUUGUCAUUUUCUGGCGUCGAGAUACCAAACAAAUUCGCUAUGAGUGGGUUCAUGAAGUUGCGCUACAAGUAGACAAAGCGCUAGAAAAUGAUACACAGGAGCAAUACUUCAAUUAUACGAGACAGAAAAUGGACACUAUUAUCCAUCGAUUGCUACGCUCCUCAGAAACACUUAGCUUUGAAACCGAAGUGAAGGCUCUCUUUGACGAGCAUGCCGAAAAUGCAGUGAUGCGAAUGUUAAAUCGUAUAUUGCUGGCAUUAGAAUAUAUGGCGGACAAUUUGAGACAGGAGCACAUUUUACCAGCAAUAUCUGUUAUCGGUACAAUAGCUUUUAUUCUUAUCAUUGGCUAUUUAAUGUCAUAUCUACUACAUUUAGAGGAGGAAGACAUUCAACUAAAAAAGAGUAAAAUCAUGGACAGUUCUAACGGAAAAUCGAUGGGAUACGUGCCGGAACUUCGAUUACAUGAAUUACGAGCUGAAAAAUAUAACGGACUGGUGCGACUUCUUAAACCAGGUUGUCGAACAAUUGUAUUGCUAACCGAUUUACAAUCAAGAUCAAAAGUGAUUCCUUCAUUUCAUAAAGCGGUGUGGCCGUAUCGGAAGAACAAAACACUCAUGUUUGCCCACAUGCUAAUUGAAAAAGGUAUUGGAUGGUACGCAGAACUAUUACGUUUGUCGUUGUCAGAAUCACGUGAGAUGAAAAUCAAUCCACGAAACUGUAUUGGUACGGUCAUAGCUUUAAAUGGACAUCGUAAAUAUUUUUGCAUAUAUCAUGCUAAACAUCCAGAAUCGAAUCGUGGAGCAAAGCGCAUGAUAAAAAUAACCCGACAUCUUAGUUCCAUGCCAACUGAUCCCGAAGCAGGAACAUUCCUCGGUAUGGACAGCUCUGAUUCAGAAAUAUCUAUGUCGGACAAAUACGAACCAAAGAUACUUCUUGAAGAAAAUCUUCUUGACGGUUUGCAUAACUGGCUUGAUCGCCUGUUUGAAGGAACCACACAUCGAUAUUACAUCAACUAUUGGCCGGAUUUUACUUCAAAAUGAGAGCAAUCGAUCUCACAAGCUAACUUUAUUGAUUAUUCCAAUUGCUUAAUCUCAAAAUUUCAUUCUUUUCUCUAGUCACUUGUUUUGUUGAAAUUUUCGCUAGUAUAGUCUCUUAUUCUUUAAUCAUCGGUAUUAGUCUAGCUGGCUCUUAGUAACUUUAUUUAUCCACCCUCCUAUAAUUAGUACGGUUUAUGGAGUAUUCAUAUUACAAACAAUUUACGCUUUAACGGUUUAUUUUUAUCUGGGAAGAGAUUAAGUCGCAAGGCUAAAAUACGAUAUUUAUUAUAUAAUGUUUGGUUAAUCGUUGUUUAUCGUUGGAUAGUUAGCUAUUUAUUUUAGUUUAGUUUUUUUUUAAAAAGGAAAUUCUUAAGGUAUCAAGCUGCUCAUUCAAUCUAUUACAUCCAUAAACUGUAGGAUCGAAUUAUAUUCAGAUCGUUCUUUGUUUGCGGAAAACUAUCAUUAUACACCGAUCCGUUCAAUCGAUCAAAAUUAACAGUCCCAAAUCAAAGAUCAAAUCUUUGGAUGCUGGAAGAAAAAUAUCAUUAUGAAUUGGAUUUGGAAAUCAUGGCAGUGUAUCAGGUCUAUACGACUAACAUAUGUUUAAUAUGUCAGGAGCAAUGCCUCGCUUUGGAUCAUUUCAACUGAAUAGCUCAUUAUCGUUAAUCGAACGUUAACGCUGAUUUGUUAAUCUAGUCAAUAUUUUAUAUUAUGUUUUAAUAGAAUCAGCUGUAAAGCAAAAGAUAUCUAGCUGAUAUCCGAACUAGCAUCUCCCUGACAAACAUCUGCCUUAUUGAAAUUUGCUAUUACUAUUAAGUUACGUAUUAAGAAAUAACAAGAUGCUGUGUAAAAGCAUGUAAGCCAAUGUCAACUUCAAGAUAUUUAAGUGUAAACCAUAAGACAUUGCUAGGCUCAUUGCCAGAUAUAUUAUCGACGACAACUUGAAGGUUAACAUUUUAGAACCUACUUGUAACUACGUUGAAGUAGAUUAUGUCAUAUGGAUGCUUUUGUGAAAUUUAUUGUUCCAAAUUCUAAAGCCUGUGCGUGAUGUUUAUUAUUUGUUUCUUUUUGAUUAGAUUGAAGUAAUCUUGAAUGCAAUUCCUAAGACAGGUUGUAUUUCAUAGUAACAGUAACCAGUGAAGGCGAUCCUUACGCAAAUUGACUAACUAGCGGCCAUUUAUAAUUCUUCAGCUCAAUAAAAGACCAAUGUAAAUCAAAAUGUGCAUCAACUGGAGAUUAAUAUUAACAUCUUCGCAGAAGUCAUUUUUUCAACGUAAUGCAAAUGUUUAACGCACUUCAACCCUCUUACUAACACAGGCAUUACAAAACAUCAUAUGCAAUAAAGUAGGUUACUUAGAAUAUUGGUACACGUAUCUAAACUAAUGUCGACACAAAUUUGAAAUCAUGAAUGAUGUGUUUUAUACUUAAAUUCAAUACAUCUAGAUAAAUCAAUUAUCUGUCUUUUGCUUGGAUGAUGGUUAUCAAGAAUUCUUGUAAAAAAACAGAAAGCCGAAUAUAAGAAGAAAUAGACAACAGGAGCAUCAAAUAAAUGUGUUGGCAUCAUGAAUGAUGUGUUUUAUACUUAAAUUCAAUACAUCUAGAUAAAUCAAUCAUCUGUCUUUUGCUUGGAUGAUGGUUAUCAAGAAUUCUUGUAAAAAAACAGAAAGCCGAAUAUAAGAAGAAAUAGACAACAGGAGCAUCAAAUAAAUGUUAUUUAAUAUGCUUUCUUAACAAAAAAUAAACUUUUUACCUCUUUUGAUAGAAUC